AUGGACUUCGCUGCUCCCUUGGCGGUUCUGCCCAUUGGUCCUUUCGUCGUCAAAUUCGGGCUGGUCCUUCGCGCUCUCAUUCUUCACGAUGAACCGCAACCACCACCAGAACCAGAGCCAGAGCCAGAGCCAGAAGAAGACGAUGCCGAAGACAACACCGUGAACGCCAUCCCAAUCACGACCACACGCCUCUAUGCCAGCCUAGACAACAGUCUCACGGCCCUGCAAGUCGGCACCACCCUCGCCUGCAUGCACGCGAAGAUCGCAUCGGCCUUGCCAGACGAGCUCUUCAAUCUCGCCCUUAACGGACGAGUCGGUCUGCAGGAGGACUUGGACAUCGAGGGCCUCGAAGGCAUCGUCUCGCAGCCAGAGCGGUUCGUCGGCCUCCAGGACAUCUUUGGCCAUGUCGUCGUGCGGCUCGAGGCGCUCGCUGGUAAUGGAGGUCUCUCGCGUGAGCUCGAGUCCAUUCCGGGUGUUUUGAGGGUUGAUGAGAGCUUUGAGGUCGUGGUGGAGGCUUGCUUGGAGAGUGCUCGCUAG